AUAUGGCACUAAUUGCUAGUGACAUAGUAAGUCCAACGCCAUUGUUAAGAUAUUUGAUAAAUAUUUACCACAAAAUUGAUAACAAAAAGCCAAAAUAUCUGGCGCAUAUAUAAUUUUUAAGUUUAGUGUAGUUUAUUCCUGAGUAAGAUGUGAUAUUAAAAUAUUUUGUUCCCUUUACAAAACUAAAACGAUUAAACUAGGAACAAGGUUAGAGAGAACUAGGAAUAAGAACUAAUUAAAAACAAUUACUUCUAAUAAGAACACUUAAGUAUUAAUAUCUGCGGUAAGUGUAAUGUGUUGAAAAAAGGUGGUAGUGCAUUUAGGAUGAAGUAUUUUUUGUAAAUAAAUCUACCCCAAAAUGGCUAGUUUCUUUGAUCACGAAGAUGAAAGCAGCUGGUACUUUGGUGCCAUAAGUCGACAAGAAGCGCAAGAAGUUUUAAUGGCAGAAAAGGAAGGGGGUGUUUUUCUUGUUCGCGACAGCGCCAGUUGUGUUGGAGAUUAUGUUUUGUGUGUCAAGGAAGACAGCAAAGUCAGUCAUUAUAUUAUCAAUAAAAUGCAACAGAAUGAUCAAACCAGAUAUCGCAUUGGUGAUCAGUUUUUUAAGAAUCUACCAGAUUUGUUGUCUUUCUACAAACUGCACUACCUGGAUACCACACAUUUAAUUAGACCGGCAAGUAAAAAAAUUGAAAGAGUUAUAGCCAAAUUUGAUUUUGAAAGCAAGGAGAAAGAUGAUUUAAGUUUUAAGAAAGGGGAUAUUUUAACAAUCAUAUUUAAAGAAGAAGAACAGUGGUGGCGAGCUAAAGAUAAAAAUGGCAAAGAAGGAUCAAUACCUGUUCCCUAUGUCCAAAGGAUUGAUGAAAGCCAGUCUCCAAUAGAGCCCUCAAGACCUGGAUCUGGGGGAGCACUAGGCGCAACCCCCGAAGCAACAAAAAGGAACCAAAUGCAGCGCAAACUUCCAGCAAAAGCGAGGGUGAAACAAGUAAGGGUACCAAAUGCCUAUGAUGAUACAGCUUUAAAAUUAGAAAUAGGAGAUAUAAUUAUUGUAACAAAGACUAACAUAAAUGGCCAAUGGGAAGGAGAAUUAAACGGAAAGAUCGGAUAUUUUCCUUUCACUCAUGUAGAAUUUUUAGAUGAAGAAAACGAAAGUUAGUUGUCAUUUUCUUUUUAAAAAAAUUUAAAACGAUGUUAUUGUAUAUGCCUAAAAAUUAAAAAACUCCACUACUCACAUAUGUGUAAAAAAUUGUAUGUUCGCGGAUUUAAUGUGAAUAUGUGUUUUUUAUUAAUUACAUAUCAUGUUUUAACUCUUUUUUUAAACAUGUUUGUUAAUUUAAUACAUACAUAAUAGAAGGUAUACAUAUUUACUGCUUUAUAAAUAUUUAUAUAAUUAAAUAAUAAUUUUAUUGUGUAUUAUGUCGUCA